AUGGUGGCGAAAAGGCCGCCACCGGUGCAGGACAUGCUCAUCAUAGCGUCAUCUACCCCCAGUGACCAGCGAUUGAUCGCUGUCGACAGAAGGACAACGAGGAUCCGUGACCAAAAAUCGACUCUACCGCUUACUCGUCGACUAAGUGACCAUUUGAUGAGGAUGGGGAAGAAGAACCUCGAACUCGACGUCCAACUAUUUUCGGUGCAGCUGCCGGAAGCCCUCUGGCCUCUGAAUCGCACGUACGCGUAA